CCGCGACAGUCUGUGCAGGAUGCAUUUGACUGAUGGAUAAAGACUCACUCAAGUCCACUGCAGCAUUCCCAACAUCUGUCAGGGUGCACGUACUUCAUCGCAUGCAUAAUCAGUUGUUUGACGAUAACCGCCGUCAUUUUUAAUUUAUCAUGGCGGCGACAACUGCAACUGCAUUUGGCAAAUGGACUGCGGCUAAGGAUGGGUGCCGUGACGAUCUGAGGGCAGUCUAUGGCAGGUCGAAGCUCAGAGAGAUCGCUGCCACCAUUGACCCUCAGCGAGAGUCCGCGAUUCGUAUCCAGGCAUUUUAUAGGGGGUACUUGGUUCGACGUCAAAUCGAGCAUGCCAACAACGCCUGCACUCUUCUGCAGGCAUGGAUCAGGGGCUGGCUAUGCCGCUUGAGAUUUAAGAAAUUGAAGCAGAGGGCCCUCAUUGAGAAGAGACAACAUGAAAGAGCAGUGCGCCUUAAAUGGAAGGAGGCACUGUUGGAGUCCCUUAAGAGAAACUCUGCCAAGAGGGUCCAGCUGUGGGAAGAAGAGAGGCAGCAUAGAGCUGCAAUCAAAAUCCAGGCUCAUUGGAGGAGGAAGCUUGAUCAAAUGCGGCUCUCCAAAAUGCGACAGGAGAAGAAGAGGGUGAUGGGGAAUGGACAGCAGCAAAGUCAGCAUCAGCCCCAUGGCGAAGAGGGAAGCCGGAAAGGGUUGUGGCGAUCCGACGAGCAACUAUCACACUCUCUCCAAAAGCAAGGGUCAGGGGAAGAACUCUUUGAGGCGGAUCCUGAAAAACGUGCAGCUAUUGAGAAAAGAGUAGCAGAGCUGUGGAAGUUCAGAGAGGCUUCAGUUUUGACGAAAGAGGAGGAAGAAAAAAUAUCUGCUGCAUUCACUGAGGCAUUUUCAGAGCACACAAGACAGCAAAAACACUCAUUGACACUGGCUCGAUCCCUGAGGAGAGCACAGCAUCAGGCGGCUUUGGCAUAUUCAAGACUCGUGCGUGGAGGCAUCCCCCUCUUGAAGCUUCCCUUGGGAGAAUCCCAAGCAGAUAAGUAUCCGAUACCAGGGAUGGCGGAUGGGCUCUCUCAACUAAAGGUGAUGCACAAGGAGGCAGUUCAGAGUGCCAUGCUGGAGAGAACGAAAUGGUGGCGUCUUCUCAAGGUCACGCGGAUAGCAUAUGAGCAAUAUGAUGACAGCAUGCCUUCAGCUGAUGCUGCAAGACCUGCGAUGAAGACGGCAGUCAUUGAUCCAGAGAAAGAGGACAACAGAAGGAGGCUCGCUGCAAGUUGCCAAAGAACGACUUCCUCAGGCAUGUCCGGUGGCAGGGAGUCCAGCUGGCUGGCAUGCACAGCAUGUGGACUCUGAUGUGGAUCUCACGAGCACAAGCUCCCGCCCCCAGCAAGACUCUACAGAAAAC